GUAUCUUUGGGCAGUAGUUUUCGCGCGCUUUUGGCGAGAGGGAGAUAAGACUUUAUUUAUAUUUAAUUACCAAGUAAUUGUCGAUAAAAAUCAAACACAACACAAAAGUUACGAAGGCCUGAAAACAAUCACCUUAAAAAAGUUAAAGAAACAGUGCAAAAAUAAUGUGCUCAUGAUGAGCUUUUUUGUAAAAUUCGUUGCAGUGCUUUUGUUUAUCCAAGGAGUUGUCAGCGGUCGUCAGCUCGCGGCAGAUAUCAACAGAAUAAAGCUACCGACACACAAACCCUCCGACGACGCAUCUCUGAACUCUACAGAGGUCAAGAGCAAUGCUUACGUCCAUCAUAGCGGCUGGAGGGACAGCAUAUUGCGGCAUCCCCGCGCGAGGUCACCGCCCGCCGCGACCCUCAAAGUCUACCAGCCACGGGAGGACCCUCGGCUUUUCUACCAGUCUGAUGCGUAUGCUCAAGAGAAUCGUCUCGCGGAAAGAGUGAGCAACGAAGUGGCUCAAGUCUUCCCUGGGAGGGAGGUCAUUCGAGCUGCAGACGAAUAUGGAGCUAGGAAUGCUCGUAUUUUGCACAAAAGAAGAAAGUCACUUUCUUCUGUAAGAGGUCACCACACUUGCAUCAGAUGUCCAACAGACAAAAAGCUGAUAGCUCCACAGGGGUCAGACCGGGUGUUUCUGCAGCAGCCGUAUCUAAAGACUUGUGCUGGAAAACCAGCGUCUAGAAACAUCAAGCUGCUCCAUGUGUAUGGGCCAAGGUUUGGGACCUUAGUGGGCACAGGUACUCAUGUGGUAGUCAGCAGGAUUACAGAGGACAAUAAGAUAAUCCGUCACUGCAAGACGCAAGUCCACGUGGUGUCUCAGGGUUGCCGCACGCCCCCGCACCUGGUCUCCCGCUGCGAGGGUAGAACUUGCAGCUUCACGUGCCGCGACUCCGGCCUGCAUCUCCAGGGGACGACGGAGCUCUCGUGCGGACAGGAUAUGGAGUGGAUGGGGGAUCUGCCUGAUUGUGUCGCCCACGAUUCCUGCCCCGCGCCGCCACCCCCGGACCACGGCCGCAUCAGCUGCCACGGCGACACUGGCCGGCUAGAGUCCUCCUUGCUCGAAGGUGCGGAGUGCAGAGUGCGGUGCCAAAGAGGUUGGAGGUCCAGCACCAGGGUCGGACCCAGCUACUGCCGCCGCGGACACUGGACUAAGGACUUCGUGUGCUACCCGAGGAGGCAGAAAGGAACUUCUUACCAGUCUAGGAAUAGUUUGUGAAUGUAUAGGUACUUUUAUUGUAAAGGUGUAUGUUU